AUGUUAUUUUCAUCAUAUAUUUAUCGUAAAUUUAAUACUAUAAUAUCUAAUUUUCGUCAUUCAUCAUCGAAUGUAACAAUUAAAAUUAGUCAUGUUGAUGAUACACCAUCAAUUCGUCUUAUUGGAAUAAAUCGUCCAUCGAAAAGAAAUUGUGUUAAUCAUUCUACAGCACUUCAACUUUUUUCAGCAUUUCAACAAUAUGAAAAAGAUGAUAGUGUACGUUUAGCUAUUUUAUAUGGUGAAGGUGGUUCAGCAUUUUGUGCUGGUUAUGAUUUAAGUGAAGUUGCUUCAGCAAAUCUUCCACUACCAAUGAAUUAUAAUAAAGAUAAACUUGCACCAAUGGGACCAAGUCGUAUGAAUUUAAAAAAACCAUUAAUAGCUGCUAUUGCUGGACCAUGUGUUGCUGGUGGUCUAGAAUUAUCACUUCUAGCUGAUAUGCGUGUUGGUGAACAAUCAUCAAAAUAUGGUGUGUUAUGUCGUCGUUUUGGUGUACCACUUAUUGAUGGUGGUACAGUUCGUUUACCACGUCUUAUUGGUCUUUCACGUGCACUUGAUUUAAUUCUAACAGGUCGAUCUGUAACUGCACAAGAAGCAUUUCAUAUUGGAUUAAUUAAUCGUCUUGUACCUGAUGGUCAAUGUUUAUUGGAAGCAAUUCAACUGGCAAAAGAUAUACUUCGAUUUCCCUAUGAAUGUAUGAAUACUGAUCGAAUGUCAGCAUAUUUUUCUGUAUCGAAUACAAUUGAUGAUAGUCUUAAGAAUGAAUAUGAACAUGGAAUAAAAUUAAUUGAACGUGAAUCAAUAUCAGGUGCAAAACAUUUUGUUGAAGAUAAACAAGGACGAGGGGGAAAAUAUGAUGAUAUUAAAUGA